GAGAAGUAGGUCUGAGCUUGGAACAACGAGGUUGUUUGACAUCCUUUGCCAAUGGUGAGAGCAACCAAAGGAAAGAGAAAUACAAUGAAUCAAAAAAAAGCAAGAGCCCAUCAAAAGCCAAUUGAAGGCCACCCCCCUGAAUGGGUGAUCAAUAUCAAUAAGUGUAUCAAAGUAGGGCCUCAGUAUGACUGCGGAAAAUGGUGGACAAUCUAUCGAGUCCCUAGGAACCUGAGAGAAGUUCACAAAAAUGCUUUUGUCCCAAAAAUUAUAUCCAUUGGUCCCUUCCAUUAUGGGGACCCAGGGCUAAGAUUCAUGGAAGAGCACAAGGUGCGGUAUCUUUUGCGCCUUUUAGGAUCCAGGACCCCAGAAAAAGGAGGACAAGCAGAAGAAUUGAUGUCACAAGUUCAUCAUGCUACUCUCUUGGAGGAUCUUGAAGAAGCCAUGAGGGAGUUGGAACAGAAGACAAGGCGGCGCUACUCGGAGGCUUUUGAUAUUGAUAGCAAUGAUUUUGUUCAGAUGAUGGUCAUUGAUGGUUGCUUUGUGCUUGAACUAUUGCGCCUUUACCACAAGUUUGAAAAGGAGAAAAAUGUAGAUGAUCCCAUCUUCGCCACCCGCUGGAUGCUGCGAACACUUCAGCGUGAUUUAUUGAAGCUUGAGAAUCAGCUGCCUUUCUUUGUUCUUGAAAAACUAUUUGAACUAAUUAGCAUGGCUGAGGAUCCCCCCCUCGUUGAUCUUGUACUCACAUUCUUUGAUCCCUUACUGCCAAGGAAAAAUAUUAAAGGGAUGCUGAACCCUGAAGGGGAGUUUGAUCAUAUGCUUGAGGUGUUCCGUUCAACCUUCCUGUCAUCCCUCAAGCAAAAUAUUACACCUGGAUCUGAGCAACUGAAAAUCUCUGUCAACAUUCCCCUUGUCCAAGAGAGACAGCUAGUUCAUAGUGUAACAGAACUUGAAGAGGCAGGAGUUGAGCUAAAAAAGAGAGAGGACUGUGAUUUGCUAGACAUAAGUUUUCAAGGUGGGGUGUUGAAAAUCCCUCCUCUGUACAUUGACGAUAACACUGCUCCUCUCUUCCUAAAUUUUGUGGCUUAUGAGCAGUGUGAAGACGGAAAACCCUUUUUCACCAAUUUCUUAAUGUUCUUUGAAAGCUUGAUCAAUUCUUCAGCAGAUGUCGAGAUUCUUCACAAAAAUGGGAUCAUCAAUCAUGUUUUGGGAAGCGAUCAGGAUGUGGCCGAUCUUUUCAACAAGCUAGGUCGUGAGGUUGUUUAUGAUUUGGAUGAGUGCUACUUGUCUCAGCAAAUAAAGGGAGUUAAUAACUACUGCAAGGCAUACUAUGCUAGUAAAUGGCGUGUUUGGUUUACAAACUUGAAACAUGACUAUUUCAGUAGUCCUUGGACAUUUUUCUCGCUUCUUGCUGCCAUUGCGCUGCUGUUACUUACUACUGCUCAAACCUAUUAUACUGUGUAUGGUUACUAUAUAUCUUCAUAGGCAUUGGUAUGCGAUCUUUUAUAUCA